GAACAUUUAGUGCUAAACUGUGAAAUAAUAAUUUCAUAUAAAACAAUUGAAUAAUUGAUUAUUAAAAUUCAUAAAUAAUUAUAAGUUAAUUAAAUAAUAAAUAAGCACCAUGCCGCGAUGCUACAUGGUGAAGAAAGCUUUGUGCAACAAGUAUAUGAGUGUAACUAGAGGAUUUGAUAGUUGGAGUAGGAGUAGAGAUUCUCCAUCACCUACACCAAAACAACUACCUAGUGAAACUUCGCUGACACCAGUAUUUCAAGAACGCUCAAGUACUGAAAAUGAUUCAUCAAAUAAAAUAUCAACAGAAAAAUCAUCAUACUCUGAUUCAACAUCAUCAUAUGUACAAUUAAAAAAUGAAAAAACAUCCAAAUCUGAAAUUCAAAGUGCAUCAACUAAUGAAUAUCAUGAACCGGUGAAACCAUCAACGUCAUCGUCGUCCACAGUAACCUCAAUAAAUCUAGAUUCAGAAUAUAAAAGUCAUGUGGAUUUAGACGUGGAAUCUCAUAGUGUCAUUCAAGAGCCUUUAUUUAGAGACAGAUCAGCCGCAGAAACUGAAGCAGCGCAUGAUUUAUUGGAAUUAUCUAGGUCUUUACCACCUUUACCACCUCCUAGUAUUGCAGUUGGACCUCAGAAUGUGAUAGAAACUCCAGGGACUGAAAAUGUACAGGAAAUAAGUAUUUACCAACCAACAGAAACUCCUAUUUAUCAAGUAAAUACUAUUGAUUUAGGAGGAACUACCACCGUUUAUCAGCAACAACCGACAGGAAUAAUAUACGAACCAACUACAAUAGUUCAACAAACAUCUACUGGUGUUUUUAUUCCUCUAUCACCAGUACAGGAAAUUCUUUUUACUUAUAGUACUCCUACGAUUCCUUCUAUUAUCACAGCUCAAGCUUCACCUCUUGAAGCACCUCCGCUAACACCUCCCGCAUCAGAGUGUAGUAGUGACAUUGAGAACAACAACCCCAACUCUCAACCAAAUCAACGAGACAAGGAAGUUCAAACUGUUACUGAACAAACUGAGGUCAAGGCUGCUUCGUAUACUUAUGACACACUUCUAGUUGCUGAUGGAAGGUCAAAGAAUAAGAAGCAAAUAAAUAAUGUUGUUCAGUCCAGUAAUCUUGUUACUGAAGCUAACUCUGAACCACCGGAGGCACCUAAAGCUGGACGUUAUAUCUGCUGCGAAUGUGGAAAACAAUACGCUACGUCUUCAAAUCUUUCUAGACACAAACAAACUCAUCGAAGUAUUGACUCACAAUCUGCUAAAAAGUGUAUUCACUGCGGCAAGGCCUAUGUUAGCAUGCCAGCUCUUGCGAUGCAUGUACUAACUCACAAACUCACUCAUAGCUGCGGUGUCUGUGGUAAAAUGUUUUCAAGACCCUGGUUACUUCAGGGCCAUUUAAGAAGUCAUACUGGUGAAAAACCGUAUGGUUGUGCUCACUGUGGUAAAGCAUUUGCAGACAGGUCGAAUCUACGUGCUCACAUGCAGACACACUCAGCUGACAAGAAUUAUGAGUGUCCCAAGUGCCACAAGUCCUUUGCUCUCAAGUCCUAUCUCAACAAGCAUCUUGAAUCAGCGUGUCAAAGAGAAACUAGUGAUGACAAUAGCAACGAUGUAGAUUCGCCAGGUUUUUCAGUCAAUUCUACAGACUGUGAGCUCCAAAGGAUUAAUGUACGAAGCUCUUGAAUGUUUGCUGACAAAAUGGAUUUGGAUAUGAAAUUGGAAGAAAUACGAUAUACAUCCUGAAUAAAAUGCAGUGACCUCAAUUGCCGCGAUGAAGUUGGUCUCAUCCGGCGACGAUAUCGAUUCAUCCCGCGGCGUGUGCCCCUGUCGAGGCUUAUCCCCGAGGGCUCAACGUCGCUUCAUUCUGCACACGAUUUUAUCGACCUUUCUCACUUCUUUUUCCUUUUCUCUAUUGGUCUCGCUCACUUUGCCUGUACUCCUGCACUCGUGUAUAUGCAUAGUUACAACACUCUAAAAAAAAGAUUAAAAGAGGGAGAAUAAAAACUAGAAGAAGAGAAAUGUUGUACAUCAUAUUAAUUCAAAGUGACAGAAAUCAAGACAAGAGUUUGUAUAACAAUUUUAUUGAUAACAUCAUUCUUUUAGUAGGUAAAUAAAUCAAUUAGGUAAAUUCUGAUAAUCAAAUACUCAUAACAGAUUUACAACUUUAAAUUGAUACUUGAAAAAUAAUUUAUAUUUUUCUUAUAUGGUUUGAGGAAGAGAUUCAUUUGUAAAAAGGCUUUAACAUUAUCAGCAUAAUUAAGGCAUUACAAAUUUAUUUCAUUAACUAAUCAAAUAAGUAUUAAGCUUAACUAGCAUUAGUUCAGAUCAAUAAUGCUUUCAUAUUGAUGCCUAGUUUAAUCCUAAAUGAUAACUAAUGAUUACUUUCCUCAAAGCAUCAUUAUUCUAAAUAUAUCCACACACUUAGUACGUGAAAAAAGGGAAUAAGAGUUGAAUGAAAAUAGUUGGAUUAAUAAUCCAAUUCAUAAUAUAUGAGGCGAAAGACAGAAUAAAUUAAAUAAUAAGACUCUUGGCGAUUGUCGUGCGGGGAAAAUAAACAUCGAAAUUCUAUUUCUAUUGCUCUAUUAUUGAUCGGGACUUGAUAUUUUUAUGAAACGGUAUCGCGUGAUUCACGCUGUUAAUAUUUUUUGUGUGACGUAAAAAAAUCGUAAUGUCGAUUGUAUUUGCAUGUGAAACGUCAGAUACUAUCGUGUAGCGCAUAUAUACAAAAUAAUAUACAUAUAUAUGAUCGAUUGUCGUGAUAUACGCUGUAUUUAAGAGCAUAAGUAAUUAUUUUUGAAUUUUCACCUAAAAUUGAUACACCAAAUUCCCAAUACGUCCAAAUUGUCUAGUCUAAUAAAUUAUUUAUAUUUUUAUGUAUGGAUUCUAAAAAUGUUUCAAGUUUCUUGAUAACUAGUUUAUUAUUCAUUUCUAAAUGUAGAAAUCGAUUCUCUGUAUUAAUGAUGCCUUCAUGCAAUGCAAAAAGUAAUCUAGUUAGAAUAGACAGACAGACAGACAGACAUACAAGGAAAAGUUGAGAUUGAAGAAUUGAUAUUAAAUUUAUACCAGUUUUCUUCAUUAAAAAAUCAUUUUAACUUUAUCUGAAAAAAAAAAAUGUUUCUAUUCUUAAAUUAUUUUUCAUUCAAAAAACCAGAUAUAUACAUUACUGUGUAUAUUCCAUGAGUUAUCAAAAUAUUAUUCAAUAUAAAUAAGUUUAUUUAUACAAGCUAAGUUGUUGACAAUGGGUUUUCAUCAACAUUUUACGGGAAGUAGCCCACCUGUUGAAUUUAGUGACCAUUUAAUAGUAAAGGUUCUGCUAUGACCUAACUCUUCUCUUUUUCAUUCCUUCUAUUCACUCUAUGUCUGUCUUUUAUUAUUUACAGUAAAUUAAAAACGUACGCAGAUAAUAUCAAUACAUAGAUUAAAUCCAUUUAUAUGCUUACGUCACUCUUAUAGAGUAAUCAAUUCUAGUCUAUACCUCUAUAUACAGCU